UCGAAAUUCGAAUAAUUGUUUAAAAGCCUUUGGACGGUGGACGGCAGUUACAAUUUUUUUAUAGUUUGUUUUUUCUUAGUGCUCGCUGUGGUGUUGCCGAAUGUUGAAAAAAUUUCGAAAUAAUUUUUUUAAAUUUGUGCGUUUAUUGCUUGUAAUCGUUUGGGAUUAUUUUGUGUUAUAAAUCAUACCGAAAACAUGUCAGAAAAAAGAGAACACGAAGACGACGAUAAGAGUAUUAAGAGCAAUGCAUCCGAAGAAGACGACGACGAAUGCGUAGGUCCCAGUUUAUCUGAACUGACAAAUACCGUCGAGAAAAAGAARAGAAAAAUUCUAAAAUAUGAACAUUUGUACUUGGAAAACUUACCAACAUGUGAUACUUAUGAAAAAAGUUACAUGCAUCGAGAUGUUAUCACACACAUUAUAAUCACCAAAACUGACUUUUUAAUAACAGCAAGUUGUGAUGGCCAUGUGAAGUUUUGGAAGAAAACUGAAGAAUUGAUUGAAUUUGUGAAACAUUUUCGUAGUCAUCUUACACCAGUUACUGAUAUAACAGAUAAUUACAAUGGAACUUUAAUGUGUACAAUAUCAUCAGAUCAGACAGUCAAAGUUUUUGAUGUCAUCAAUUUUGAUAUGAUCAACAUGAUAAAAUUAGAUUAUACACCUCUCAGUGCAUGUUGGGUACAUUCAAAAGGAGAUCCAAUUCCCACAGUUGCUAUAAGCAGUGCAACUGAACCAAAAAUAUUUAUUUAUGAUGGAAAAGGAGUGAAUACACCAGUUCAUGUAAUAGAAAAAAUUCAUACCAAGCAAAUUGUAUUUAUUAAGUUUAAUUCUGUGUUUGAUGUGGCCAUAUCAGCAGAUAAAAGUGGCAUCAUUGAAUAUUGGUCUGGAGCUAAAACAGAUUAUACAUUUCCAAAGUGUGUACAGUUUGAUUCUAAGCUUGAUACUGAUCUUUUUGAAUUUGUCAGACAUAAAACACAUCCAACUAGCUUAUGUUUUUCAAAUGAUGGUUUAAAAUUUGCUACUAUGUCACCAGAUAGAAAGGUCAGAGUUUUUAACAUGUUGACGGGAAAACUAAGUAGAGUAUAUGAUGAAUCUUUGGCACGUUUUAGUGAACUUCAGCAAAAAAAACAACAAAUACCCAAUAUUGAAUUUAUUCGAAGAAUGGCAAUGGAACGGGAGUUAGACAAAACAGAAGUCUCACACACAGCCAAUUUAUGUUUUGAUGAAAGUGGGAAUUAUUUAUUUUAUCCCACUAUGCUAGGUGUGAAAAUUGUUAACAUAUAUAGUAACAAAUUAGUCAAAAUUAUUGGAAAACCCGAGAACUUAAGAGCAUUGAAAGUCGCCUUAUUCCAAGGUAAAGCUAAAAAACCGAAAGCUGCGGUAACAUUAGAAAUGGAAGCAGCAACAAAUCCGGCAUUGGAAUCUUCUUCAAGUGAUCCUACACUGUUUUGUACAGCAUAUAAAAAGAAUAGAUUUUAUAUGUUUACCAAGCGAGAACCUGAAGAUAUUAAAAGCAUUGAUGCAGAUCGUGAUGUAUUUAAUGAAAGACCAUCUAAAGAAGAUAUUAUAUCUUCUACUGAAGCUGCAUGUAUCCAACGAUUAUAUGAUACAGCUACUUUACACACUGUUUUUGGUGAUAUUCAAGUUGCACUGUUUAAAGAAUGUCAAAAAACAGUUGAGAAUUUCUGUGUACAUAGCAAAAAUGGAUACUACAAUGGCAACAUAUUUCAUAGAGUUAUUAAAGGAUUUAUGAUUCAAACUGGAGAUCCUACUGGUACUGGAUUAGGUGGGGAAAGCAUUUGGGGUGGUGAGUUCGAAGAUGAAAUACGUUCGCACUUGAAACAUGACAAACCUUAUACAUUAAGCAUGGCUAACGCAGGACCAAAUACUAAUGGUAGUCAAUUUUUUAUCACACUUAUACCUACACCUUGGCUAGAUAAUAAACACACUGUUUUUGGACGAGUCACCAAAGGAAUGGAAGUAGUACAAACAAUUUGCAAUGUAAAAACUCACCCUAAAACCGAUAAACCACAUGAUGAUGUUCAGAUAAUUAAUAUUAGUUUGAAAUAAAUCAGUGACUUGUGUUUCAUAUUUGUAAUUUAUAUUUUAUACAUAUUUUUUAAUUGCUAAACCAUAAUGUGUUUGAAAUAUAACUCCAAAAAAAAUAAAUAUAUCUAAAAUUUUUUAUCUUAAUUAGAAGAUUACGUUACCAUUUUUCUUAACCUAGCCUGCUGUUAGAUUGACACAAUUAUUGUAAUGCUUAUUGGUCAGAUAAUACGAUUGUUAAGCUCUCUGACUAAAGUCGUCAAUUGUCGUAGAUGUUGUAAUUACUAAUUAUGAUAUCAUUGUAUCACUUCACUCUUCUCUAAUACCACUAGUACAAGGUAUAUCAUUUUCGAGAAAUCAGUAUUAGUAAAACCCACUUAGAAAAAUAAUUCCUGUUUGCACUUUUGUCCUUAAUUAUAUGUAAUUUAAUCA